AUGGGAGAGGUGACCGCAAGAUGGAUGUUGGCCACCCAGAUGAUGAUAACUGUGGUGUUGAUGGUGGUUGUCCCUCACAUGGCAAUCAAAGAACAAAUUCUGAAGUGCACUGGAAAUGACCCUCUCCAUAUUCCACAUGAAUGGUACCAGGCGGGUGAACUCCUCAUUGCUGGGAUUGCAUCUCAUAUUCAUUACAUGUUCCCCAAUAUUGUGUUUGACAAGCAUCCUUCGGAGGAAGCGAUUCCAUUCCCAUUCGUGUUGACAAAGUUCUACCAGCACGUCUUGGCCUUGGUGUUUGCCAUUAAUGAGGUCAAUGAGAAUCUCAAGAUCUUGUCCAAUGUCACUCUCGGAUUCCACAUCUAUGACAGCUAUUCCGAUGCAAGAAUGACAUAUCGUACUACACUGGACCUGCUUUUCAAAUCCCAUCAGAUCGUGCCCAACUACAAAUGUGGCUUCCACAAAAAUCUCAUCGGGGUCAUUGGUGGACUAAGUGCUGAUACCUCUGCAUGCAUGGCACAUGUCUUUGGUCUUUACAAGAUUCCACAGUUUUCAUAUGGUUCAUUUGAAACAGCAGCGAGUGAUGAAUCCCGUUUCCCUUCCUUUUACCGCAUGGUCCCCAAUGAAGCCCUGCAAUACCAAGGAAUUGUGCAACUGCUUCAACGUUUUGGGUGGAAAUGGGUCGGGCUCAUUACUACUGAUGAUGAAGCUGGAGAACGUUUCUUCCGGACCAUGGAGCCAAUGCUAUCCCAGAAUGGAAUCUGUUCAGAAUUCACAGAAAGACUCAAAGCAAACUGGCAGUUCUUUGACUUGUUUGAGAUUAUCAAUGUUACACUAAGUCAUCUUCCAAUUUUCAUGGAGACAAAAGCCACUGUGGUUGUUAUUUAUGGAGAAAGUACAACCAUUCUGUGGCUGGCUUCUGUUAUAUUGAUAACAACUGUUUUUCCUGUCACACAUCAUGAGUAUAGUGGAACAAUCUCUGAAGGGAAAGUGUGGAUUACAACAGCCCAAAUAGAUUUUAUUUUACAUGUCCUUCAAAAGCCUGUUAAUAUGCAAAUGUUCCAUGGUGCAAUUUCCUUCACCAUUCAUUCCCAACAGCCUCCAGGCUUCCAAGAAUUUCUUCAAGGUAUCAACCCCUCUGGAGCAAAAGCAGAUGGUUUUAUCACAGAUGUCUGGGACCAAGCCUUUGGGUGCCAUAUCCCAAAUUCUGAUUCAACCAGAGACAACAGUGAAUCAUGUACUGGGCAGGAAACACUGCAGAGCCUAACUUCACCUUUCUUUGAAAUGAGCAUGACUGGCCACAGUUACAGUAUCUACAAUGCUGUCUAUGCUGUGGCUCAUGCCUUAUACAGAAAUUACAUAUCUCCAUUUAAUCGCAAAGCAAUGGCAGGGAGCAUCAGACUGGCACCUCAGCAUAUGGAACCUUGGCAGCUUCACUCUUUGAUUCAAAGGAUCUCAUUCAAUAACGGCGCCGUAGAGGAAAUUAUGUUUAAUGAACGUGGGGAGUUAGCAGGUGGAUUUGAUGUUACCAACUUGAUCACUUUCCCAAAUAACUCCUAUAUCAGGGUCAAAGUGGGAAGGCUGGAUCCUCAUGCUUCUCCAGGGGAAGUAUUGACCAUAGCUGAGGACAAAAUCAAGUGGCAGAGAAACUUGACUCAGGUGCCACCUCUUUCUCUGUGUAAUGACAAAUGCCAUCCUGGAUACAGCAAGAAAAAGGAGGAAGGAAAGAAGUUUUGUUGCUAUGACUGUGCCCAAUGUCCAGAUAGGAUGUUCUCAAAUCAGGAGGGUAGGAAAUAUUGUAUCAAUUGUCCAGAAACUCACUAUCCAAACAAAUUUCAAGAUGAAUGCAUUCCUAAGAUUCCAAAUUUCCUAGCUUUUGAAGAAACAUUGGCCAUCAUUUCCAUUUCUUCAGGACUUCUAUUGUCUCUAAUCACAGGUCUGGUGCUUGGCAUUUUCAUUAGGCAACAGGACACUGCCAUCAUCAAAGCAAACAAUCGAAGCCUCACCUACAUUCUCCUCAUCUCCCUCCUCUUGUGUUUCCUCUGUUCCUUCUUGUUCAUUGGAAAACCUAAGAAGGUCACCUGCUUUCUUCGACAAACAGCUUUUGGCAUUGUCUUCUCUGUGUCUCUCUCCACCAUCUUGGCAAAAACCGUAUCUGUCGUCUUGGCAUUCAUGGCUACCAAACCAGGAUCACAGAUGAGGAAGUGGGUUGGAAAAAGAUUGGGGUACUCCAUUGUCCUUGCCUGCUCCAAUAUUCAGGCAGGCAUCUGUGCUCUGUGGCUAGUAAUGUCUCCUCCAUUCCCAGAUGUUGACAUGACCUCAAUGACGGAACAAAUUGUACUGCUAUGUAAUGAAGGUUCUAUACUCAUGUUCUAUUGUGUUUUGGGUUACAUGGGUCUCCUGGCAAUUAUAAGCUUCACUGUGGCCUUCCUGGCCAGGAAGUUGCCUGACAGUUUUAAUGAAGCCAAAUUCAUCACCUUCAGCAUGCUGGUCUUUUGUAGUGUGUGGGUGUCCUUUGUUCCAACCUACCUCAGCACAAGAGGAAAAUCCAUGGUGGCUGUGGAGAUCUUCUCCAUCUUGGCCUCCAGCGCUGGGUUACUAAGCUGUAUCUUUUUUCCCAAAUGCUACAUUAUUGUGGUGAGACCUGACUUGAACAACAGACAGCAGCUAAUGCAAAGAAAAAUGUAA